GAAGCUUCGGUUUCCACCUCUGUCCUUUCGAGUACCCAGCCUUCUGUUUUGCAGCCGCUGGUGGUGGGUCCCAAGUUUUCCCGCCGGAACCACAUGUUGCUGAUUCCACUUUUUCCCUCACCUCCACCGCCGUUGAGCCUUAUUCUGCUGUUCGGGCAGACAUUGGCUUUGACAAUACUGGCUCUGUAGUGCCACGCUUGCCUCAUGGCUCUGUUGUUGGCCGCACACUGCAUUUCAAUUAAACUGUGCCGGCCAUUCCUCCUUGUUCGUCGCGUAGCAGUCGCACACAAGCCGCCGCUCGUGCCCAACGGCUUCAUGACCGUCGUGCAUCUGUUUCGGUGGCAUGAGUGCCUUUGGAUUUGGCUGCUUCACAUACAUCGGUCCCGGUGGUUUCGACUGUCUUUGCGGUUCCAACCGCUUCCAAUGCAACCGUCUCAGAAGUUUCGACUGCCCCCGUUGCAACUGCUCCUGUCGUUUCGACUGCCGUGGCUGCUUCCCUUGGUCGUGAUGCACCUCGUUCUUUAGUUUCGACUACAUCAACUGCAUUUUGUUGCUGCCUUGCAAUUUCUACGCUCCCGACCAUGAUGGAUGUAUACGCCCUCUUCCCCCCUGUAGCACUCGAGUGGCUGACCCUCUCAUGACCUCGGCCCGCCCGUCUGAGCUUCGUGCUGCAUGCCGGCGAGAGAGGUUCGCCUCAGCGCGUCUCUGCUCGAUUCUACCUUGUUAGAUAUACUCGCAGCAGUAUAUGGUCGUGAGGACCCCAGGGGGACAAGUGUUGGGAAUUUCGUGUGUUGAAGGGUACCGCCGGCGCAGUCACGGGGANAUGUAUACGCCCUCUUCCCCCCUGUAGCACUCGAGUGGCUGACCCUCUCAUGACCUCGGCCCGCCCGUCUGAGCUUCGUGCUGCAUGCCGGCGAGAGAGGUUCGCCUCAGCGCGUCUCUGCUCGAUUCUACCUUGUUAGAUAUACUCGCAGCAGUAUAUGGUCGUGAGGACCCCAGGGGGACAAGUGUUGGGAAUUUCGUGUGUUGAAGGGUACCGCCGGCGCAGUCACGGGGACCCUUUGGGCGUGGUCGGUGCGAUGAUGAGGAAGGCUUGCGUGCGUGCUGCACACUUCCUCUUGUUCUUCUUCUUCCCUCUCUCUCCACCACCACCACCACCGUCU